AUGGCAGCAGCAGUCGAGGCCCAGGUGGCAAUUGAUCUGCAACCCUCAUUGCGGUAUAGCAGUGCAGCAGCAUUGCCACUGAUCCCUCUGAAAGAUUCAACCAUUGUGACAGUAGCAGCACAAAAACCAGCAUUCGAAAUAGAGGAGCAUCCCAUUGAUGAGGUGCGACCAAUCAAAGUUGGGGUCAUCGGCGCCGGAUUGACUGGAGUCACGGCGGGAAUCCUCUUGCCUGCAAAACUACCGGGGUUAGACUUGCGGAUAUAUGAUAAAAACGCAGAUGUGGGUGGCACCUGGUAUGAAAAUACCUAUCCGGGCGUCAGAUGUGAUGUCCCUUCGCAUGUGUAUCAGUCUGGAUACGCACCGAACACGCAGUGGACAGAGGAGUUUUCUCAAGGCCAUGAAAUCAGAGCGUACUGGCAGGGCCUAGCAAAGAAGUAUGACGUGUACAAAUAUCUCCGGUUGCAGCAAAAAAUCCAAAAGGUCGAGUGGCUGCCAGAUGAAGGAAAAUGGCGAGCCACCAUUGAGGAUCUUGGAGAUUCACACAAGGUCUAUGAAGAGAAACUCGACGUCCUGGUCAACGCAACUGGCCAUUUCAAUGCCUGGAAGCUCCCUGAUUAUGAGGGCAUUGAACGAUUCCAAGGGGCUCUCUUCCACUCUUCCAACUGGGAUCACAAGGUCGAGCUAAAGGGAAAACGCAUUGCGCUCAUCGGAAACGGUGCAUCUGGCCUGCAAGUCUUGCCUUCCAUCCAACCGAUCGCUUCACAUGUCGACCACUAUGCCCGGAACCGGACCUGGGUUGCCGACUCCUUCGGCGCAAAUAAUAACGUGCGACGCCUGGAGCCGAAUUUAUAUACUCAGGAACAGCUUGAUUCCUUCAAGAAUCCCGAUGAAUAUCUCAAAUUCCGCAGAAACAUCGAAAUCGGCUACUUCUCCCGCUUCGGUGCCAUUUUCAAGGACUCUCCCGAAAAUCAGCAGACGCGUGAGAAGUGGACGCAGACCAUGCUCCAACGCGUAGCUGGCACGCCCGAACUGGGAGACAAGAUCAUCCCUGAUUUCCCGCCCAACUGUCGUCGCGCAACCCCCGGCCCCGGAUAUCUGGAAGCCUUGACCCAGGCAAAUGUGAGUUACAUUCAAACGCAAAUCCAACGGUUUACCAAGACUGGAAUCGUCACUGUGGACGGGGUCGAGCGGCGCGUCGACGUCGUGAUCUGCUCGACGGGGGCGAAUGUAGACCACGCUCCUGCGUUUUCUAUCAUCGCAAACGGGGUGGAUCUGAAAUCUGCAUGGAAGGCGGGCGGCCUUUACGGGUUUCCAUACUCGUAUCUUGGGGUCGCAGCGCCCGGGUUUCCAAACCUGCUCUGGGCAGGAGGGCCUUAUUCGGCCGGACACAGUGGCAGCGUCCCCAACAGCAUCGAGAACCAAAUCACCUACGUGGCCAAGGUGAUCCGCAAGAUCCGCAGCCAGGGCAUCAAGGCGAUGGUGCCCUCGAAACACGCCGCAGACGACUUCCUCGAGUACUGUGAUCGAUUCUAUCCCCGCACGGUGUGGACAGGCAACGACGACUCUACCGCAGGGAAGAAAAACUGCCGGUCAUGGUACAACGGCGGUCAACCGGGAGGGCGAGUCCACGGCCUGUUCCCAGGGAGCGCAACGACGGCCAACAUCAUUCGGCGAGAGCCGCGCUGGGAGGACUGGGAGUACGAGUACGUCAACCCCAGUGGCAAUCGGUUUGCGUACUUUGGAAACGGGUGGUCGAAGCGAGAAGUCCACGAGGGAGACGACCUCCUGCCGCACCUGAAGCUGCCGGACACAGUCGACCUGCGGUCGUACAUGGAGGGGUGGUGGGAUGUCUAG